AUGACACCUAAACCCAAGAUCGUUCUUGUCGGAUCUGGCAUGAUUGGAGGUGUGAUGGCGACCCUGAUUGUACAGAAGAAUCUUGGUGAUGUGGUCAUGUUUGAUGUUGUGAAGAACAUGCCCCAAGGAAAAGCACUUGAUACGUCCCACUCCAAUGUUAUGGCGUAUUCCAAUUGCAAAGUGACUGGAUCGAACUCCUACGACGACCUGAAGGGAGCCGACGUGGUAAUCGUCACUGCAGGUUUUGCUAAGGUCCCUGGAAAGAGCGAGAAGGAAUGGAACCGAGAUGAUCUCCUUCCACUUAACAACAAAAUUAUGCUUGAAAUUGGAGGACAUAUUAAGAACCUAUGCCCCAAUGCCUUCAUCAUAGUCGUGACGAACCCUGUCGAUGUUAUGGUGCAGUUACUUUUCCAACAUUCCGGAGUGCCAAAGAAUAAAAUCAUCGGACUAGGUGGAGUGUUGGAUACCUCAAGGCUGAAGUACUAUCUGUCGCAGAAGUUGAAUGUGUGCCCAAGAGACGUUAAUGCACAUAUUGUCGGUGCACACGGAAAUAAAAUGGUCCUUCUAAAAAGGUAUAUCACUGUUGGAGGUAUUCCACUGCAAGAGUUCAUUAACAACAAAAAAAUUACUGAUGCCGAAGUCGAAGCCAUAUUUGAUAAAACCGUCAACACCGCUUUGGAGAUUGUUAACCUGCAUGCCUCUCCCUACGUUGCCCCUGCUGCUGCCAUUAUCGAAAUGGCCGAGUCGUAUCUGAAAGACUUAAAGAAGGUCCUUGUGUGUUCCACUUUACUCGAGGGACAAUAUGGACACAGCAAUAUCUUCGGUGGUACUCCUCUCGUUAUCGGCGGCACCGGAGUUGAGCAGGUCAUCGAGUUGCAACUGAAUGCAGAGGAGAAGGCCAAGUUUGACGAAGCCAUAGCGGAGACCAAAAGAAUGAAGGCGCUCAUUUAA